CUCUCGAGUCUGUCUCUCUCUCAUCUCUUGUCUUGUCUCCACCGCACUAUUACAUCCCCGCCGAUCAGUAAUAACAUUUUCUCCGAUGGAAGAGAUUGAUGCAGUUCCAAAACCAGUUGUUGUUGACCCUCCAUUAUACGAAGAAGAAGCUGCUGCUGCUGCUCCUCCUUCGGCUACUCAGCGCCGGCUGGUGGUGAACGCCGCCGGUGAAGAGAACCAUCUCAUUCAGAGGAUUCAGAGAGCUCUUGUUGAACUGCGUGAGUUGAGGAAUCAGUUUAAUGCCAUUCUUAGGGAACUAGAACUCCAAGUAGGAGAAGACGAAGAUCAAGCGGAGUCAUCAGUGGAGGAUCCAGAAGACUCUGAUGAUUCUUAGUAUUGUGUGUAUUAAUUAGACUUUGUUUUUGUUUCUUUCUCAUUAGUAAUCUAUUCUACAUCAUGUUUCUGUCUCUUCUCUGCCCUCGUGUGAUUUAAAAUCAGCUUUGUGUCACUUUUCAAAUCAUCAAAGCUAACAGCGUACCAGAUGAA